GCGAGCGGGCGGGCUGGGAGGUCGGCGGCUGCUGCGGCGGGUUGUAUCCGUCGGGGUCUUUUCUCGCCUGCCGCUGGAUCUCGUUGACACGUCAGUAAGGAAGUCAGCCAGGCAGCCCAGGAAAGACUCGGGCGAGGGAAAAUAACAGACCGCCCCGGAGUUCGGCUCUCCUGGGCAUGCAUGAUGGAAUUUAAAUUGACCCAAGCAAGGCUGCACAUUUUGGAUCUAUACUGCUGACACUUUCUUCAUUUUGCUAUACUGGGUUCUUUGCCCAAAGAAAACACCCAAUGGAUUUCAAGGAAAGUUGCCCCAGUGUUAGCAUCCCUAGCUCUGAUGUGAAGAAAAAGAAGAAAAGAGUGAAGAAAAAGAGAUUUACAGUUUACAAAGUUUUGGUCUCAGUUGGCAGUAAUGAGUGGUUUGUCUUCAGGCGAUAUGCUGAGUUUGAUAAACUAUAUAAUACACUAAAGAAACAGUUUCCCACGAUGAACUUGAAGAUUCCUGCUAAAAGAAUAUUUGGAGACAAUUUUGAUCCAGACUUCAUUAAACAAAGAAGAGCAGGGCUGAAUGAAUUCAUUCAAAAUUUAGUACGUCAGCCAGAGCUAUGCAAUCACUCAGAUGUCAGAGCAUUUCUUCAGAUGGAUAAUCCAAAGCACCAGUCUGAUCCAUCUGAAGAUGAGGAUGAAAGGAACAGUCAAAAGCUAAAUUCUACCUCACAGAAUAUCAACUUGGGACCAUCUGGAAAUCCUCAUGCUAAACCAACAGAUUUUGACUUCCUGAAAGUUAUUGGGAAGGGAAGCUUUGGCAAGGUUCUUCUUGCAAAAAGAAAACUGGAUGGGAAAUUCUAUGCUGUUAAAGUAUUGCAAAAGAAAAUUGUUCUCAACAGGAAAGAGCAAAAACACAUUAUGGCUGAACGUAAUGUGCUGUUGAAAAAUGUGAAACAUCCAUUUUUAGUGGGAUUGCAUUAUUCAUUCCAAACUACAGAGAAACUUUACUUUGUUCUGGAUUUUGUUAAUGGAGGGGAGCUCUUCUUUCAUUUGCAAAGAGAACGAUCCUUUCCUGAACACAGGGCCAGGUUUUAUGCUGCUGAAAUAGCCAGUGCACUGGGUUACUUACACUCCAUAAAUAUUGUAUACAGGGAUCUGAAACCAGAGAACAUUCUUCUAGAUUCAGUGGGACAUAUUGUGCUAACAGACUUUGGGCUUUGUAAAGAAGGAAUGGCUAAUUCUGACACCACAGCAACCUUUUGUGGGACACCAGAAUACCUGGCCCCCGAGGUGAUUAGAAAGCAACCGUAUGAUAACACAGUAGACUGGUGGUGCCUUGGUGCUGUUUUGUAUGAAAUGCUUUAUGGUCUGCCUCCUUUUUACUGCCGUGAUGUCUCUGAAAUGUAUGAAAACAUUCUUCACAAACCUCUCCAUUUAAGGCCAGGCAUCAGUCUUACAGCAUGGUCCAUUCUAGAAGAACUUUUGGAGAAAAACCGGCAAAAGAGACUUGGAGCUAAAGAAGACUUUCUUGAAAUUCAAAGGCAUCCCUUCUUUGAAUCUCUCGGCUGGACUGACCUCCUUCAGAAAAAGAUCUCACCACCAUUUAACCCUAAUGUGGCUGGUCCAGAUGAUAUUAGGAAUUUUGACUUGGCAUUUACAGAAGAGAUGGUGCCCUAUUCAGUCUGUAUUUCUUCUGACUAUAAUAUCAUCAAUGCCAGUGUGUUGGAAGCAGAUGAUGCAUUCAUUGGAUUUUCUUAUGCCCCACCUUCAGAAGACUUAUUUCACUAAGUUUUGUGGAGCCAAUUAAUACAUCACAUCUUAAAUGGACCAAAAUGUCUGGAUUGUGAACAGAUCCUAAAAUAUGUGCCUAUGUUGACGUGAUGCUUAUGAACAAACAUUAUCUGCUGUAAUUUGAGAAACUGGGCAUUUUGAACUACUUUCUAUAGACUGUUACAGCUGCCACAUGAAAUACUUUUUAGAGAACAAAUAGCUUUUGUUAGCUGUUCCUAAAGGAGAGACUCUUUCAAAGCAAGACACUGACUGUUUUUUCUCCAGUUUGUGACUGUUUUUCCUCCAGUUUACAACAUUAACAUCUCCAGAACUGGCUGUCUUUAAAAGCAGCACACUUCAGCACAUUUAAAUGCCUUGGUUAACCAACUAUGUGACUCUGUGCUUGAAAUGUUUCUAUGCAAUUGUUUUUGUAUAUCACUUGUUUUAAAAAGAUACAUUUACGCAGUACAAUUGUGUUUGUUUUUUAAGGCAAGUUGAUUCACUGCCAACACUUUCCUUUAAUUUUUGUUUUGUUUUGUUUCUGUAUGAAACUAUUCACUUUAAGGCCAAUCGUGCUGUGCCCAGAAUUAAAGCCAUCAGCACUUUUCUAUUGAAGUACUUUGAUUAAUUCCAAUUAUAAAGCAUAGAAAUGUGCUCUCUGGGUUAGAACAAAUGAGCCUUAAAGACUUAUUCAUAAUGACUCAUCUCAUAAUGACUAUAACUUUUCUCUUCUUGUAGAAGAAGCUAAAUGAUUAUUUCCCCCAAAGAAACAGAUGAUAGAAAAACUACUGCAUUUGUAAAAGAAGAAAUUAACUUGUAUUUGGAAUACUAAUAUAUUGCAAUGUGAUUGUAUUAAAAUCCAUUUUUUCUUCUA